AGAGGGCUUUCUAGUUAGCAUUGGUGUGCUUUUACCACGGAGAGAGACAAAGGGAGGCCUUGUUCCUUUAUUUGGGAGAGAGUUAUAUUUUGGCGCCAGCAUUCAAAGAGAGGGGAAAAGAAGAUGCAGCAGGGCAAUAACAGUGAAGCGGAGGUCGGCCCCUCUGUAAAACUUGCUCUCGCCAUUGCUCUCCUGCGCUCACGCAAUUCAGAUUCCUCCAAAGAUGUUCUGCACUGGAAGAGAAAGGCAAAGGAAAGAAAAAAGGAGUUGAUGAAGCUCGAAGAAGAACUCAAGGAUGUACAAGAUGGAAUUCAACGUGAGAUUUUCUCUCAAGGCCCUUCUUGCAAGUGCCAUUUCUUUGAGGAUUGUGGGAACCUGAAUUCAAAACUUUCGUCCCAGGGGGAAGAUGGCACUGCAUUUAGGGUGAACCAAGUUUUGUGUCGAAGGUUUCUAAGACAAGUUCGCUUAAAGGAGAGGACAAAAAAGCCUAAUGGUGCAACAGUCAGCCUGAGAGUUGCUAAAGAGUUUGAGGGUUAUGGAGAGAAAGAACAGCUUGCUACCUCUGUAGACUUUCUUAUGGAGCUUGUCAGCACGAAAUUGCUUGUGGACAAUAUGCCUUCAUUUGCUACUUUUUCACAUCAAGCCGUGGACUUUAUAAUAGCUUCAAUUAAAAACUUAUUGUCAAGAGGAGAAAAUAACGAAUUCGUUGAAGGGGUUAUCAACGGCUUGAUCGUGUGUUUGACGAGAAGGAUGUGCAUAUCUACACAUCCAGAUGGAUUGUCAAAUCCCAAUUCUGAAUCUCAAUUUUUUAUCCAACACCUCAUUCGUAAGCUGGGAAGUCAACCUUACAUUGGUCUACGCACAUUGCUUUCAGUUUCUCAAAAGAUAGCCACAACUGCAGAUGGCUUGCUUUUUAUGGAUCCAUUUUCUGAUGUUGUGCCUAAUGUCCAUGACAGCAUGUUCUUGAUGAUUCAACUUACAGAAUUUUUAGUCACAGACAAUAUUUACAUGUGGGCAACUGAUGGAGUUCUUGAAAAUGGUCUAUUUGAAGAGUGGGUGAAAUGGAUAGGGCAAGCAAAGAAGGCAUUAGAGAUUCUUGAAAACAGGAAUGGUCUUUAUGUUCUGUAUAUGGACAGGGUAAUUGGAGAAUUAUCGAAACAGGAAGCAAAAUAAAUGGACCCAUUGCAUGUGUCUUUACGACCAUCGAAACUAGGAUCCUCUUCUUAUCAAAAGUGGACCCACGUUGGAUUUGUCCAGCUCCCACUUAGAAAUGCCUUCCCUCCACCAUUGGGUUGCAUAUUCGUUGCUACAAAUUUUUUACAGGCCCUCUCUACUUUCUUUGACUUUUUGCACCCUGUUGGCAUCCCUUUACUCUUCCAUCUUC